CUUAGCGGUACCCUCAGGCUGGUGUCUCCCCUAGUCACUGCUUCGGGAGAAGUUAUAGCAUAUACCAAGAGGCCAGAGGUCUCGCUCGUUUCAUACCUUAAGUUUCCGUUGUUGGGACAAGAAAGCAGGAAACAGGAUUGUGAUCAAUUGGGGUUCGCUACCUCUAGGAAGGACGUCCUGUCGACAGAUGGAAAGGCAGCUCGCUCAAGGUAGCACCAGCAUGGAGCUGGCGCCGGCAUUUCAGCCCCGUGUGGAGGAAUACGAGUGCGCCAUUUGCAAGGACCUAGUCUUCAAGCCCGCUGUCAAUGUGUGCCAGCACAUGUUCUGCUUCUGGUGUCUGCACCAGAGCAUGAACAACGUGUCUGAGUCCAACUGCCCCCUCUGCCGUCGCGAAUAUGGCCACCUGGCACGCACGUGCGGCCUCCUCCACUUCUUCUUGGGGAAUGCAUUCCCCAUAGAGUACAGAGAGCGCCAGGCUGAGAUCCUAGCGGACAGGGAGCGACGAGAGAUCGCCGCAGAAGACCUCGAAACGGACCCGGUUCUUCUCGAACCAUCCCCCCGACCUCAACCUCCAGCCGAAACCUUCGAUAUCGCCCAGACAUCCAGCUCGGAACAACCUCCUAACCAGUUUCUCAGCGGCGGCGCAACUGGGGCGGUUCUGAGACUUAACGGACCGUCCGGAGCCUCCACCAGCGGCGGUCAGCGGCGUCCGUAUCCAUACGCGGGUCCGGAGACGAAGUUUGCGUUUCGGGGUGUCGACUUUGGGUGCAAACUCUGUUCGCGGCUCUUGCACGACCCUUCCGUUCUUGUCUGCGGACACGUUUUCUGCCUCUCGUGCAUCCGCACCCGCUCCUCGGACCCACGCUGCCCCCUCUGCCGCAUCAUGCAAGCAGAGAGCCCGGGCAACCUGGUCCCCUGUGCAACCAUCGCCGAUCUAGUUUCCAGAGCGUUUCCAGAAGCGUCCGCAGCCCGAGCACGGGAAGCGGCGGCGCAGGAAGCAUCAAGUGGGGCAGCAGAGCCAACGGCUCCUCCCCCGGAGCGCCCCCCCACCGUCCAGGCCGCCAUGUCCCGCACCCGCUCCCUCCUCCUUUCUGCGCACGCCGAUCUCGUCCGACGGGGGGAGCCCUUCAACCUCCGCGCGAUGACGGAACGCCUUCUUGAAGACUUGGGCCCAAAAUACGUGGUGCAUUUCGGGGUGGGAUGCGAUGGGUGCGGGCAGAGUCCGAUCGUUGGGGAGCGGUAUCAGUGCAAGGGCUGCCAAGAGGCGCUGGGGUUUGACAUGUGCGGGCAUUGCUACGAGAUGGGGGGCGCGGUGCGGGGGCUGUUCGACCAGCGACAUUCUCGCGAGCAUCGGGUCGUCAAGAUCCCCCCGCUCGCCGCGCUGACGUCACGCCACUUCGGCAUCGACCCGUACCGCGUGCUGUUCACCAAUCCCGAGCUGCCAUACCAGGCGGUGCAGCGCAUGCGCGACGAGAUGCACGGGGACGGGGAGCUCGAGUUCCUCCUAGGGGAGCUGGAAGACGCGGAUCUGCCGGACAGCCCACAGAGCUUUCCUUCAGACCCCGGCUAUGGCCCCCCGUCCGACCCGCCAUCCGAACGCGGCUUCCGGGCGACCGCGCGCAGCACCGAGUAUCACCCCUCUUACUUCGACGGCGACUUCGACAGUCUCGGAUACGACUCUCCGGUCGCCCGACACCGCAUCGGGCGCUCGCUCCGACUCCCGGGCUCUCCUCGUGGGGGGGAGUCUCAAGCAGUGCGGCAUCAUGGGGGGGACUCGGAUGGCGCCCCAGCGAACGACGCAACUCCCCCAAGCGAAAGAUCCAAUUCACCGGGCGGUCUAGGUGUCUGGACAAGAAGAGUUGGGCGAGACCCGAGACUGGGUGGGGUUUCUGGCCGGGGUGGGUCAGGGCUUGGCCGUUUGGGUGGGCCCGGUUCAAACCAACCGGGCGCCUUGAGGAGGGUAGACGGGGGGUUCUUGUCGGAUCCGCGGGCAGGAAGGUUAAGCGCCUGGUUGGAAACCAUGCCGCCGGACUACCCGGAACCGCAGAGGGCCGCCAGGCACGGCGCGAGGGGGGGCGACGUCAGAGCGAGGCACGGUGACGUCAGACUAAGGAACGGUGACGUUGUGGCGAGGGACGGCGAUGAGAGGACGAGCGCUCUUGAGAUGCACAACCGGCUGAUGAACCAGUUUGCCAGAGAAACUAGAUCGGGGGCGGAGUCGCGGCCGGGAAGUCGCGGGGAGGGUUCUAGUGCAGACGGGCACCAGAGCGGUAACGACUCUGGUACCGGUUCUGAUGGAGAAUCUAUCCGGGGGGAGUGGCACGACGUCCACGAAGGGGGGGUUGAAGGCCAGGAAGUCCGACCCCCCCGUUUCGGGGAGAGACGGCUGCGGCGGAGCUUCGGCCGGCGGCACGUGCUUCCCUUUCCGCUGCCGGAACCGCCCGCAGCCGAGGUGACGUCAGCAGCCGAGGAGGUCGAGAUGGACGAGCCGGACGUCACUUCGGUGCAGCAGCCGGAAGGUGACGUCGCCAGGGAACGGGAACGGCGGGUAGUGGACGCGGGCACUUUGUCGGCGUCUCCCGACAAUUCCUCGGAGGAAGACCCGCUCUCGUGGGAACCCCCCCGGCCGCAGAUUCGCCGCGUGCAAGUGUACCCGUCCGACUCGAUGAUUCGGUCCCGAAGCGCCUGGGAGACGGGAGGGGGGCUCGGGGACUCCCCCGGCCCCCGGAGGCGCCGGUCGAUGGACGGGCUGCCCCCGCUUCCCCCCCGCCGCCGCGCACUGUCGGCGUCCCCCCUGGAACGGCGCGCCGGGCUGCUGAUGCUGACGCUCGCUUCGACGGCCGCCGAACACCCGAGCUUUGGCGGGGGGGCUCGAAAUGAAGAUUCGCCGUCUUUGGGGGCACAGACGACAGUGUCCGUUGAGAGGUCCCGACCCGUAAUCGCUCGGGAAUUACAGCAGAGCGCUACGGAGAGGGAAGCGGCUUCCGGGGGGGCACCUUUUGCGGCGGUAGGAUCGAUCGAGCAGGAGCUUCUGGCGGGGUAUGCGACACAGUUCGAUAGCCGGCGCACGCUGCAAGACAUGCAGACGGACUCACCGCCCGCCGGUGGAGGUGGCUCUGCAAACGCCUCUUUGGGUGGCACGGGGCCUCCAGUAAGCCAUGGAUAUUCUGCUGACGUCACCCUCACCGCUGCUGACGUCACGGCCGAGGGCGGGGGUACCUUGAGAAGGCUCCAUGAGCCGAACGGCGAGACACCUGCGCAACAUGGCGCUGAUGCUGAGGGGGGGGGGCAAGAGGUCGGGUUAGCCCGAGAAAGGGAAGGUCUUACGAGACCGCCCGCCGCUGCGCACCGGCAGAGUUACUCGCUGGUAGAUUCGUUAGUGAGGGCGCUGGGGGGGCAACGGAGGAGGCCUCGGGACGUGCAACCGGAGGCUGCGGAAGCGUCGCCCAGCCAAGUGCGGCGGCUGAGGCGGCCGGAGGAAUGAGUCUACCGGGCGAUGAGGUGGUGGACCGGGUGGUAGCGGUUCGUUGUAUCCUAGUCAGGCAGCUUCCGGUGACGCCAAUGGACAUACACUUACCACAGGGGCGGCCGAACAAUUGUCGCGUCGUUGACAAGGUAUAUUGCUCUCAUCGACGAUGUAACGCUGAACAUCUUUGUAUGUCAUCUCAAACAUCCGC